UAAGUUAAGUUCCCCUUAACUACCCCCUUAACUGGCGAAACGGAAGCUGCGAAUCGGAUGCUAACUUCAGCGUCGUGUGUAUACCCUGUGACGGUAAAGACGCUGAAGUCAGAACAGAAUAAGAUGCCUUUGCCUGUCCAAGUGUUUAACUUUCAGGGGUCUGUGGAGCCCAUGCAGAUCGAUGCCGACCCCCAGGAUGACCAGCAGAAUGCUCCAGACACCAACUACAUAGUGGAGAACCCAACACUGGACCUGGAGCAAUAUGCGACCAGCUACAGUGGAUUAAUGCGCAUUGAGAGGCUUCAGUUCAUUGCUGAGCACUGUCCUCAGCUCCGGGUGGAAGCCCUGAAGAUGGCCCUCACCUUCGUCCAGAGGACCUUCAACGUUGACACUUAUGAGGAGAUCCACCGCAAACUCACCGAGGCCACGCGAGAAGUACAAGGUGUGCAGGACACAGUGCCUGAAGGCGGGGUUGUUCCUCCUCCCCUGGACUCGGCAUGGGCUGAGUCCACCAGGAAAAAGGCCCUGCUCAAACUGGAGAAGCUGGAUACAGAUCUCAAGAACUACAAGGGAAACUCCAUCAAAGAGAGCAUCAGGAGGGGCCAUGAUGACUUGGGGGACCAUUACCUGGACUGUGGUGACCUCAGUAACGCCCUCAAGUGCUAUUCCCGAGCCAGAGACUACUGCACCAGUGCUAAGCAUGUCAUUAACAUGUGUCUGAAUGUCAUCAAGGUUAGUGUUUACCUCCAGAACUGGUCCCAUGUUCUGAGCUAUGUCAACAAGGCAGAAUCCACGCCAGAGAUAGCAGAGCAAAGAGGAGAGCGAGAUAGCCAGAAUCAAGCAGUCCUCACCAAAUUAAAGUGUGCUGCAGGCCUUGCAGAAUUGGCGUCCAGAAAAUAUAAACCAGCUGCCAAGUGCUUCCUCCAGGCGUCCUUUGACCACUGUGACUGUCCAGAGCUUCUGUCACCCAGUAAUGUAGCUGUAUAUGGGGGUUUGUGUGCUUUGGCCACAUUUGACAGACAGGAGCUCCAGCGUAACGUCAUCUCCAGCAGCUCCUUUAAGUUAUUUCUAGAGUUGGAACCUCAAAUCCGUGACAUCAUCUUCAAGUUCUAUGAGUCCAAGUACGCGUCUUGUCUCAAGCUACUGGAUGAAAUGAAGGAUAACCUCCUUCUGGACAUGUACCUGGCCCCGCAUGUCAAGACCCUCUACAGCCAGAUCAGGAACAGAGCCCUCAUCCAGUAUUUCAGCCCGUACGUGUCAGCAGACAUGACUAAGAUGGCUCAGGCCUUCAACACCACAGUAGCAGCUCUGGAGGACGAGCUGACCCAGCUCAUACUGGAGGGGCUCAUCAACGCACGGAUUGACUCCCACAGCAAGAUUCUGUAUGCGAGGGACGUGGACCAGAGGAGCACCACAUUUGAGAAGUCACUCCACAUGGGCAAAGAGUUCCAGAGAAGAGCCAAAGCCAUGAUCCUCCGAGCUGCUGUACUGCGCAACCAGAUCCACGUCAAGUCUCCACCCAGAGAGGGCAGCCAGGGUGAACUGACACCAGCCAACAGCCAGACUAGGAUGAGCACCAACAUGUGAGGAGGAAGUCCUGUUCAUCGUCGGCAUGCCGACUGCUGACAAAGAGGGGAAUCACCCAUACACCAACACCCAUCACAAAACCUAUAGUAUCUCAGCUGAAGACGGAAGCAACACAAUGUAAAGACUCUAAUGUUCUCAGAUGAUCUGUUGUCCCUGUAAGACGAUCCAGGGAAUGAAACCUUUUGUUAGUCUCAUGUUGUGGAGGUUUGGACAAAAUGAAAAUGUUUUUUGAUUAAAGCGCAGCACUUAUGCUGUAAGUUGGCUUGUAGGACACACACUGUGGAGACCUCAUCAACACAAACAAGGUUUUAAAAUAAAAACGCCUACCGAACAUA